UUUUAUGCAUAUGUGUGUGUGUGUGUGCAGCUGAUGGGUAUGGAGAUCGGCAGUGAGUACGGUGGAUCAGGCUGCAGCUUCUUCUCCUCAGUGCUGGUGAUCGAGGAGCUGGCGAAGGUGGACGCGUCGGUGGCGGUGCUGUGCGACAUCCAGAACACGCUAAUCAACACGCUAAUGAUGCAGCUGGGCACACACACACAGAAGGAGAAAUACCUGCCCCGACUGGCCAGCGACAUGGUGGGCAGUUUCUGCCUGUCGGAGGCCGAGGCGGGCAGCGAUGCGUUCUCUCUCAGGACUCAAGCGCAGAAACACAAGGACUACUUCAUCAUCAACGGCUCCAAGAUGUGGAUCAGCAACGCAGAGCAUGCAGGAGUGUUCCUGGUGAUGGCCAACGCGGAGCCGGCGGCGGGCUACAGGGGCAUCACCUGCUUCAUUGUGGACCGGGACACUGAGGGUCUCCAUAUCGGCCGCAAGGAGAACAAACUGGGGCUCAGAGCCUCGUCCACCUGCCCUCUGACCUUCGACAACAUGAAGGUGAUGCACACACACACACACACACCUACACCUAUCCCUGACCUUCGUGUGUGUGUGUGUGCGCAGAUGCUGGGUCUGGCUCAGGGUUGUUUUGAUCAGACCGUCCCGUACACCAGGCAGAGGGUUCAGUUCGGCAAACGCAUCUUUGACUUCCAGGGCAUGCAGCAUCAGAUCGCUCAUGUGGCGACGCAGCUGGAGGCGGCGCGGCUGCUGACGUAUAACGCGGCGCGGCUGAAGGAGGCGGGACGACCCUACAUUAAAGAGGCCUGCAUGGCCAAAUACUACAGCGCUGAGGUGGCCUCUCUCACCACCUCUAAGUGUCUGGAGUGGAUGGGCGGUGUGGGCUUCACUAAAGACUACCCCAUCGAGAAGUACUACAGAGACUGUAAGAUCGGAACCAUCUAUGAGGGAACCACCAACAUCCAGCUGAGCACCAUGGCCAAGAUGAUCGACCAGGAGUACGGCGGAUAACCCAGAUCUGCUGUUUACUUCACACACACACACUCAUCAGUGUACUUCUGUAUUUAUGCACUUUACCAUGUUCCUCCUGGCGUUCAUUACACUGCUCUCUGUGUGUGUGUGUGUGUGUGUGUGUGUGUGUAUAGUGUCACAGCGGGUCUCUGAAUCAUGUUAACACUAGAUGUGGGUUUAAAUUAGUUCCUGAUGGAGCCUGUGCCUUACAGAUGACGUGUGUGUGUGUGUGUGUGUGUGUGUGUGCGCUGUUAACAGCAGGGGGCAGCAGAGGAUCAUGAGAGUUCUUGUUCUCCUACUGCAGGAGUCACUCUGUUCCCGGAGGGUCGCAGCCCUGUCCUGCUUCAGCACACUCACCUGCAGGUCUCCAACAAGCCUGGAGGACUCCAUUAGUCUGAUCAGGAGUGUUUAAUCAGGGUUAAAGCUGAACUGUGCAGAGCUGCGGCCCUCCAGGAGCUGAGUGUGACUCCUGUACUCCUGUAUCACCUGUAUCUCUCCUCUUUCUGUUGUUCUGCUCAGCGUCUGCGUUUGAUUCAUGUUCAAUAAAGUUCUUACUGAUAUCAGUGUGGAGUCUGCGCGGAUGAGCUACUCUUGCAGUGUUUGCAAAUAAACACAGAUGAGCAGUGAGUGACGCUCACAUCACAGCAGAGCACAGGACAUGUGUGAGAGCGCUGUGUUAUCAUCAAUGUCUCUAUUACACUGUAGACUUCUGUCCUGAAAUAAAUAUAAUGUAACGGC